AAGAUUUGUCUAAAGAACAUCAAGCUACUUUCAGAUUAUUAGAAGCAUUAUCACAGCAUGAUUUUUUUGAAGAAUUUGAAACAUUUGCAGAUUCUGAUAUAGCUGAACCAGCUAAAUUCUCUCUUAUUUACAAAUUUAUUAAAUUUUGUAUAUGGUGCAUCACAGUCCAUCAACAACAACUUGAGAGGCUAUUUAAUUAA